GAUUUUCUUAACAUUUAUCACUAUAAGCCUGGCAGGGGUGGCGCACGCCUUUGAUCCCAGCACUCGGGAGGGAGGCAGAGGCAGGUGGAUCUCUGAGUUCCAGUCCAGCCUGAUCUACAGAGUGAGUGCCAGGACAGCCUCCAAAGCCACUGAGAAACCCUGUCUCGAAAAACAAAACAACAACAAAAAAAUGUUAUCACUAUGACUUUAUUCUAGAAAUCUGUUUGCAGUUUUUGAAAGAUAAAACAUAGGCUAUAAUUGGUUUAUCAGUUGCCUUAAGAGUAAUAAGCUUAGGGCUGAAGAGAUGGCUCAGCCAUUAAAGGCUAAGCUCACAACCAAAAAUAUAAGAGUAAGAAUCUUCAAAAGAACUUCUUUUCCUGGGUGUGGUUAUGGUCCCAGUACUUGGGAGGCAGAGGCAAGGGCAUGACUCAGUUGGAGGUCAGCCUAGUCUACCUAGUGAGUUCCAGGCCAGCCAGGGCUACAUAUUGAGAUUUGUUUCAAAAAUAAAACACAAUUCUUGUGUCACGGCAAGGUGUGGUUGCAGUAAUUAAUCCAGUAAAAUAAAUGAGUUUGCUCUUUGCUUACAAAGUCCAAGUAAGGGUAAAGUCAGUUGGAGUUUCUGCAUGAUAUUCUGUCACAUUCUUUCUGGCUUCCCUAUCAAGGGUUGCUAAAACUGACUCUAGAAAAUAUAUCUACCGUUGUUCGUUUAACAGGUAAAAUCAAAGAUCUGGUAGAGCUAAGUGUGUGAUACCAUGUUAGUGUUAGGUGAGUGGCUUGAGCCUAAAUAAUGUAGUUCUGUGAACUUUGAACAGGAAUUUACCAAGUAAUUCUGCUAAGAAGGAAUUAGGAUCAACACUGCUAUCUGUUCUGGGAGACUUGAAAGUUAGGUACAUGAACUUGAAAGAAAAAGUCCACAAGGGCAUACCACUGGAAGAGCUGCCCCCACUGUCAAUGGAGUCCAAACUGUUAUCUGCCUUCUCGGAUUUUGCUUCCAGGCUAAUGGAAGAAGAAGCAUGUGGCCUUACAGGAGUGAAUUCUGAGCCGGGUAAUCAAAGUGUACCUGAUGUUGACUCUUCUCCCAGCCUACAAAAGACGUCGUCCCAGGUGUCUUUUAUAUCUGACAGCAGUCAUCCUAAACAAGAUAAAUCACCCAUGAGUGAUGACUUUAAAAAUUCUGAUAUAAACAUAGACUUUACCCAGCUGAAGCUUGAUGAUAAAGAAUACAAAAGCGUUCGUGAAGUAAGUGAAGACUGGUUUGACGCAACGGAGAGGCUGACUGGAGUUGACUUCUCGGGACCUCAGGAAAAUGAAAGAGAACAUGACGAAUGGAACCCAAAGAGUCCAUUAGAAUCAGAAAUGAAGAAUGGUGAACUGCUUCGAAGAAGUAAAGGCUUUUUGAUACAUGUUGGUGGUCUUUGCCCCUCUGUAUCUGAGGCUGAUUUAAGGACUCAUUUCCAGAAAUACCAAGUUUCUGAAAUUUCAAUUGAUGAUUCUACUAAUUACAGAUAUGCAUCUCUUGCUUUUGCAAAAAAUAGUAAUGCCAAGAUGGCUGUGAAGGAAAUGAAUGGUAUAGAAAUCAAUGGAAAAUCAGUGAACGUGAGGCUUGUGAAAAUUCCUGGAGAACACACACCACCGCUUUUGUCCAAAACUGGGAAUGGCACUAGUGUGAAUCCUUUGGAGAAAAAUCCCAACAAAGAAGGCACCUUGGCCUCUUCUGCUUGUAGACUGUCCAGAGCUAGACCAAGGCAGCUGGAGUCUGAGCAAGACAGUGAGUUUCCUCCCUUGGACCAGGGCAUCAAGAAAAAUUGUAACCAGAUUGAAUCUUCUCGGUUAUUACCUGAGACACCUGUUCACUUCAUACCUCCAAAUACAUUGAACCUUCGUAGCUUCACCAAGAUCAUGAAGAGACUGGGUGAGCUGCACCCAGAUAUCAGCAGAGACCACAUCAUCGAGGCUCUUCAGGAAGUAAGGAUAAAUCAUAAAGGUUUUCUGAAUGGUUUGUCCAUCAACACCAUUGUCAAAAUGACUUCAUCUUUUCUGAGAAAUUCUGCUUCCGUUAGGAAUAAAUGAAGCUAUAUAGAGAAAAUCCUUGGAAAGUAUGAGUUCCUUUCAUCAGAGAACAUUCUACAGCACUUAGGAAAAGUUGUGGUUAUACAAUCAAACAGCCUCUAAAAUUGGACCUAACACUUUAAGUAUUCCAGUUGAUAGUCCUCCUUUAAAAUCUGGCAACAACAGAUAUACCUAUAGUAUUAAAAUCUGCAUGUUUUGUUAAGUUUAUAAACUUAAUUUCAGAAUUAUUACUCAAAACUUCAAUUUAUUUUGAAUUAGAAAAAAAGGUGGUCAUGUCCAUUUAUAAGUCAUCAUUAAUAAGUCCAUUUAAAAAGUACUGUCCAGAAAAAAAAGUUUAGUGUACUGUUUCAAAGUUCUUUGUGUUUGUAAAAAUUAUGUAAAAUUUUUUACAUAAUUCCAUAUAUGUAAAAAUGGGAUUUUUCUGGAGCUCACUUUGUAGUUUCAGCUUUUAAGACUCGAUUAGAUGGUGGGGUACAGAUAGUUUAUCUGAGUUCAGUGUGUGCAGAGAUAAUUACACUGCUUGCCAUGCACUAGUGUGCUUUGACGACAGAAUAAAGCAUUCAGAUAUGUUUUCCCAAGUGUGCGGGGGCAAAGUCCUGAAAUUUAAAAGUCCUCCUAUUCUGGCCGUGUUUUACUAAGUUCUGAUGUAUUUGAGUGUAAGUUGGAACAUUUUCAAAGGCUGAUGUGGUUCCCUAUCUUCUCACACUCAUUUACACUGGCUAAAACUACAUUUGUUCUGAUAAUAACUUAACAUUUAGUACUUUUUCAAAUGUUUAAACUGUUUCUAUCCAGUACUUCAUUGUUGUUGCUUGAUUAAAAAUUACCCAUUAAGCAUUUA